AUGCCAUUAUGUGAUCCAGCCGAGUUGACGAGGAUUUCAAUGCGAAUUGCCGACGACGGUAAAAUGACCUUCGUCGAUGCUCGGGUCUCUCAACUACUCGGUCUUACCCCUGAUCAACUUGUUGGGCGAUUUUGGUGGCAAGUGGUACAUCCAUCCGAUGAGCAAUCUUUGCACGAAUCGUUCAUGGCCAUGAUGACGCGUGAUCAACCAAUGCGACUAAACCUGCCGUAUUCGAUCAGGCGAACGACUAUCGACCGUGUAGUAUCUCGGCGUACAAGUUCCUCAACCCGUUCAACGAUCAGUUCGAAUUCGUCGUCGCCACGCAUCACAUCCUACCGGGGACGAAGAAUCGUGGAUUCCGACCUCCACAGAACCCGGUCCUGCCUAUGUCCCUCCCGGUUGCCGCGGACUACGCCACUCAGGAUUGGCGACCGCAACAAGAUGCUUCCCGAGAUGCGACCACCUGGAACGCUUGGGAUCCGCAAAACUAUCCGCCUCACUCGUAAAUACAAACCAGUCAUUCAGUUUCUCGUCCUCUUACUUUUAUUUAUUUCACGUGAUGCAUAUAUUAUCUAG